AAAGCAUUGUGGGGGCCCCUUCUGCGCGCUGACUCCUCCAGGCCGCGCAAAGCACUCGCGAGCGCCUCGGCCCGAGCUUCCCGAAACUUUCCCGAUUCCCCGAUUCCUUGUCCGGCGCGGAUCCCGACCGGGAAUGCGCCCCGUCUGACUGCGGAUCACCUGCGGCGGGAAAAUCCACCUUAAAACAUGCCGAACUUCUGCGCCGCGCUGCACUGCUCGCGCAUGAGCUCGCACUCCGUGCUGGCGUUCUUCAGGUUCCCGCGCGACCCGGAGAGGUGCAAAAAGUGGGUGGAAAACUGUUGUCGCUCAGAUUUGAGGGACAAAACGCCAGAACAUCUGAACAAAUACCACAGACUGUGCGCCAGGCACUUUGAGCCGGAUCUCAUUUUAAAAACGAGCCCUUUCAGGACGGUUCUAAAAGACACCGCCAUACCCACCAUCUUUGACCAUCCCACCCGCAAACGGGUGAAGAAUGAGCAGGCAGAAGAUGAGGCCACAAAGGCAAAAGUGAGUAAAGUGGAAGAAAAAGAGGAGGCACCGAAAGAUCCUGCCGAGAGCGCCAAUGGCCAAGAGACCGAUAAUGGCCCUCAGGUAUCAGACGAGGAGAGAGAACACAAGGAAUAUCUCCGGUCACUGUUUGAUGUUGUGGUCAUGAUGGGACGGCAGAACAUCCCUCUGCACGGCCAUUCUGACAAAGAACCGAGGAGCAAAAGCUUCACGCCCAGCAAUUUCCAGGCCCUGCUGGAGUAUCGCAUCAACGCCGGCGACGAAUUGCUCAGAAAGAAAUUCGAAACAGCGGCCGUGAACUUGGAGUACUGCUCUUCCACUCAGCUUCAGCAGAUGCUGGAAGUGAGCGAGAAGUGCAUUCUUGAAGAUUUGCUUGCUGAAGUGAAGGAGGCUCGCUUUUUCUCCCUAGUCAUGGACAACCUUGUGGAGAUAACGGGAGAGAACCACCUUCCUUUGUUCAUCCGCUUUGUAGACCAGAUCAGCAGCUUGCGAGAGGAGUUUUUAGGGUUCUUGCGCUUUGAAGGAGACGUGGAGGGCAUCGCUCAAAGCCUUGCGGUCGAAAUUUCGGAGAAGUACAGCCUGAACAUGGAACAGUGCAGAGGACAGGCGUAUUUCUGCACUGGCAUCUAUGCUUUCAAAGUCAAAGCCGUGGCCAUUAGACUUAGCGAGCAGUAUCCGUUAGCUGUGCUCACACCAAGCUCUGCUCAUUCCUUAAACAUCUGCCUGGCCAACAGCAUGAACUUCACAAGCGUGCAGCUCGUCAUGUCAACCCUGAAAAAGAUUGAUGCGUUCUUCAGCAAGUCACCUUUGCUGCAGAAUCAGCUGGACAAUGCAAUUUCCAUCUACUACCAGGGCAACGAAGAGAAAGCGGCUGCUCUCAAAGAAGUUUGUCACACCAACUGGACUGAACAGCAUGAUGCCUUCGAGUUGGCUGUUGACCUCCUGGAGUCUUUGCUCCUCUGCAUGGACAGUGUCCAUGACAACGAAGAAUUCAAAUGGAGCGACGAUGUUGCGCACAAUGCGUUCGUUAUAUCCGAAGCGUUGUCGGAUUUCGAGUUUGUCAUGGCGCUGGUUGUGCUGAAGAACACAUUAUCCUUUUCCAGAGCCUUUGGCAAAAAUCUCCAAGGACAAACCAGCGAGGUCUUCUUUGCCGCUAGCAGUUUGACGGCCGUCCUCCAUUCAGUCAAUGAAGUUCUCGAGAACAUUGAGGUCUACCAUGAGUUCUGGUUCGAAGAGGCCAUCAACCUGGCUGCUGCGUUGGAAAUCCCGAUCAAAAUCCCCAGGCUUUUCUUCAGAAAGCAACGUCCGGAUGCCGGUGAGGAGAUCCAGCCCGAGGCCUACUACAAAAUUCAUCUCACUUUUCCGGUGGUCAGCCACGUUAUUAAGGAGCUCAGCGACCUUUUUUCCGAAAAUCACCUCAAGGCUUUGCAGUCUCUGUCCCUGGUGCCUGCGAUCAUGGGCCAAAUGAAGUUCAACACGGAAGAAACGAGCGCAGAAAUCUACAAGGAUGACCUGCCCAAUCCAGACACGUUACCCACCGAGCUCAACUGCUGGAAGAUCAAAUGGAAACAUGGCACCAAGAACGUUACCUUACCGUCCACCAUCUAUGAAACGCUUCAGCUGUCUGACGUGAAGUUUUUCCCCAACGUUUGCGCGCUUCUCAAAGUCCUGAGCUGCCUGCCAGUCCUUUCCCUUCCAGAUGACCGAUGCAGCACCGCAAGACGUCGUCUAAUGGCGUACCUGCAGGACACGCCUGCCAAACACAGAAACAAAAGUCUGGCCAUGUUUAACAUCGGCUGUGGGCAUGAUUUGGACUUGAUGGUUGAGACGUACCUGAAAAUGUAUCCCGACAAAGAGUCAACAGAGACACCUGCUUGAUUUUGUGGACGAGUGUACAGGCGUAUAAAUACCUGUAGGAAAUGCUCAAAAAUGAAUUCCAGUUUUUGCAGCUAAAAAUAAGCAGACAUGGUUGCUUUGGUGUACAGUGACCCACUACAGACACCUGGACUGUGGAUCCCAGGCUCAGAUUUUGCUUUAUUCGGGUGGUGUGAAUGUAUAUAAUGAGAAACUGUCGGACAUUAAAAUGUGUUGUUUGGCCAAACAUUAGAAAUAAUUUUGUCAGUUACACUUCAGUAAAAUACUCUUUUGUGAAAUUGCAAUGUUCUCCACAGUUGUUUCCAUGUCAACUUGUAAAAUAAACAUUUCCGUUUCCUCUUUGAACAAA